CAUAAAGCCCAAAUAAUUUUCAUUUUCAGUAACGUCAAAUUUGGUCAAAAUAUAACUCUCCUUUCUCCACUCCACUCCCAUGUCAGAAGCCCCUUUAUUUGACUCUUGAUAUUCCGGCCACCUCUUUUCUCUUCCGGUGAAAUUUGAGACGAUAUAGAUGCUGUCCACCUUCAAUUUCAAAUGGCCGACAACAUUAUUAAUAAUCAAAACCAGCAGCCGGACUUGGUUACUGAAAUGGAGCUCUGGAAAUUUCUCCCCUCUGAUAUUUUCCCGCUUGAUCAACAACCACCACCGGAGGUCCGUCCCAUUCAAAACCGACCAAACAACUCAAAUUUUGGUUACCAUCACUCUGCCUCGUGCAUGGCAGGGCAACAGAAACACCAAGGCUUUACUUCUUACUCGUUCCAUGGACGAGGCCCACCUCAUCCACCACCCAGGAGAUUCAAUCUUGGGCCUCCUCCUCCUCCUCCAAAUUUUCAGAUGCUCAGAAUGGCUGAUCACCGACCCUUUCGGGGCCCAUCACCUGAAGGGUGCUUCUGUGUAAGCGGUGGAUGUAGAAUUGGUGCUAACCCGGUAUAUCAACAGGGAGCGGGAACAGUUUGGCCCGGUUAUAGACCGGGUAACCCGGUUAAAAACAGGAACCCAGUUCAAAUCCAGGCAGAAUGCUUUAUGGCAGAAAGGGCCAGAGCUUUACAGGCCAUGCAGUAUAGUUCUUGGAUGAACCGGGUCACCACGACCCGGGUUUUCCCAAAAGGGUCUGAUGGAGCCGGCGGUGGAGGAAUUGGGUUCCUUGGGGGAACCGGAGUUUAUCUGCCCCGAAUUCCAGACAAUGUCAGCUCCACCCCAGCUAACCGCGGAAGAAAACAAGGUGCCAGAAUGGGACAAGAGAAUGGUGAGUCUCAGAAGAAAAAGAAAGAGGAUUGCCGCAGUCAGGAGGCUUCUGCAGAGCUUGAGGAAGGCUUACCUGAAGAAUGGACCUAUUAAAAAAAUCUCUCUCUCUCCUCUGUCCAUUGCAGAAGCAAAUUAAAACAAGGGAUUGGGCUCUGGAACUUUUUUUCUUUUUAGUGCAGUGGGAUGAAAAUACAUAGAAAUGGUAGCAGUAGUAGUAGUAAUAACAGCAGCUCAAAGAAAGGAGAAAGACUCCUCUUUGUCUUCUUCUGUAUGUUCAAUAAUAAUUGAAGCCUUCGGCUUCUAGCAAUCAGAUACAGGCAGAAUAAAGGAAAAACCCAAGGGGUAAUAAUAAAUUUGUGGAAACUUGAGUCUAGGACAUGGAGCUUUGUUUGAACCUUGUAUCCUUUUGUUGUAGUAGUGUAGCUCCUUUCUUCUGUUUAGACAGAAAACUAGUGUUUGUAGACCUCUAUGUAUCAUGAUGAUGAUGCGUUUUGAAAGCUUUUAAUGGG